CUUCUGUUUGGUGCGGCGGCGUGAAAUAAAUAUACCGCUCGCCCUAAGAUUUAAAAAAAAGAAAAAAAAAAAGAAUAAUUUGUUUAUUAAUUAUUUUGGUGCAAGUGACAAUUAUAUAUUUAAUUGUUUAAUAACAAUAACUCUGUUGUGUUAUUUUUAAAAAAAAAAAAAAUCGUGAUUAAUGAAGAUAAAUUUUUGAAUAUAAAGGUGUAAUUUUUUUUUAAAGGAUUAGAUAUUUUUUAACUGGGUUUAAAACAACGACCCCACUAUUAAAUCUCCCACCAUAAAGUAUAACCCCCCUGUAAUACGUGCUGCGCCCUUCUUUGAGUACAGCCUCCCCCGCUUGCGCAUCAAACACCGGCAUCGCGAACGUUUAUUCGUCUCGCGCGCUUCUAACAAGUCUCACUCGAUCGCCGGCUUCCGUACCGACGACAACGAGAUACAAUUUUUUUUUUUUUAAAUCUACAAAAACUGCCUCAAUAUCGAAUUUAUUUUAUAAAUUUUAUAAUUCAUUAAUAAAGUUAUUUAUUAAUUAUCUAUAUUGUCAUACAAAAAUAAUUGAUAAUAAUUAUUUUUUAUUUAUUAAAAUAGAAAAAAAAAAAAUAAAAAGAGCUUUUAUUAUUAAUUUGGAAUUAUUUAUUAUCUUAUUCGAAAAUUCUAAUCGGUGAAUUUUCAAGUGGAUUAAGUUUUGCAAGAAAAAAAAAAAAAACAGUAAGCUGCUAAAAAUUUCUGAACGUUCAUCAUCAACUGAGAUUUCUUAGGGAUAAGGAAGAUGACGAGGUUGAGCGCCGGUCAUUACCGGCCUGGAAUUAUUCUUUGGCUGUUUUUUAUUUUGACAUUAUUGCAUAUUGCAAAUUCUGCACCAGUAUACGAAGAUGAUACAACAGAAAUUGCUGAAUACGGAAGUGAAACAACUGGAUGUUACUACAAUUUUCAACACUAUGAAGAAGGAGACAGAAUAUUGACAAAUGAACCAUGCUUAAAUUGUACGUGCCACAAUCGAAUGCUCAUGUGUUACCUAAGAGUUUGUCCAUUCACAAAAGCAAUAGGUCAAGAUUGUAAAGUUGAAAAACGACCAGAUCAAUGUUGUCCAGUAAUAACAUGUCCAGAAGUACCAGUACAUUUAUUAACAUCAACAACAAAUUCACCAUCAAUUGAAUCAACUGAACUUGGUUUUCAUGAUAAUUAUGGUUGUAAUGUUGAUAAUAAAUUUUAUGCUGAUGGUGUACAGUUACCAAGUGAUCCAAAUAAUCCAUGUGAACUUUGUUAUUGUAUUAGAAAUAGAACAACAUGUCUUAUGCAAGAAUGUACAUUAAGAGUUGCUGGUUGUAAACCAUUAUAUCAUCCAGGUAUAUGUUGUCCAGUUAAAUAUGAUUGUGAUUAUGAAGAACCACUUGAAAUUGAAACAACAACACCUGGUUUAAUUAUGACAACGACAAUGAUACCAACUGGUAUAUCAGCUAAAUGUUAUCAUGAUAAUAAUGUUUAUAAUGACGGUGAUUUAAUUUUAUCAAAUGAAGCAUGUAGACAUUGUUAUUGUUUCCGUGGUGAUAUUGCAUGUGCUGUACAAGAUUGUGGUGCACCAAUGGAAACACAUGGAAAAAAUUGUACUGCAAUGCCACCACCUGAUGGUGAAUGUUGUCCAACCACGUACAAAUGCGAUGACGAGGCUGGAUUGAUUGAAAGUGGAACAGAAGAGCCAGUAACAUCACUUGAUAAUGAAACAAUAACUGAAGAAAAUGUAACAAUUGAAGAUAAAGAAACACAAACACAAAAACCUGCUGAAAUAUUCCCAGGUGCAGACAAUGCAAUUCCCGAUAAUCAUAAACCCGUUACUGAUUCUGAUAUUGAGAUGCCAAUUACUACAGAAGUACCACAAGAUAAUAUUAUGCAUAAUGUAGAAUCAGAAACAACUGGAACGCCUAUUGAGCAAAAAACAGAUGCACCAAUUGUACCAGAAGAAGUAACAACUGUUAAAGAAGUAUAUGAACCAACUGAAAGUACAAUUGACAAUAAAAAACCAGAAGAAAUAACAACUGGAAUACCUGUUGCUCCAAGUGAAAGACCAUCAGUUGCACCACCAGCAAGAAGCGAAGAUCAAAUGCCAUUUGAAAGUUUACCACCAGUUAUACCUGGAGAAAUAUCAACAGUUUCACCAAAUGAAGAAAUAAAACCAACUGAAACAACUUUACAUGAUGACAAUGAGGUGCCAAAGGGUGAUGAAGAAUCUAAGCCAAUGGAUACUACUGAAUCAGCAAUUAUUCCAGAAGAACCAACAACACUUGCAGGUCAAUCAACUAGUGAAGAAAAUAAACCAAUUGACCAAGAAAAUUUGACAGAAAUUGCUCAAACUGAAGAACCAGAGAAAAAAUUGACUGAAGGUGAAAUUUUAACAACAGAAAUUCCAAAAGAAGAAAAACCAGAAGAAGAAGAAGAUAAGAAAAAAGAUGAUAUUCCAGAAAAAGCAAAACCAACACAAGAAUCAAUAACUGAAAAAUCACCAGAUGAACAAGGCCAAGUUGAAAUUAAACCAGAAGUUAUUAAGCCAAUUGAUGAAAUUCCAUCACAAGUGACUGAAGAGCCAGAAAUAAAAACGGAAUAUCCACCACAAGAACCUGUUGAAGCUGUGACACCAGAAGUACCAGAAGUUACAAAGAAAGAAGAUGAAGAAACUGUUCAUGAAGUACAAGUUACUGAGGGAUACUCAAAGGAACCAGCUGAUACAGUUGCACCAGAUAGUCAAAUGACUGAAAAACCAGAAACAAUUAUUCCAACGACUUAUCAUCCACAUAUAAAUAUUCCAAGUGAAACAGAAUUGCCAAUUGAAGGUGAAAAACCAGAAGAAAUUCCUGUUGAACAAAAGCCUGAAGAACAAAUUCCAAUUGAACAAAAACCUGAAAGUGAAAUGCCAAUUGAACAACAAAAACCUGAGGAGGAAAUUCCAGUUGAUGAACAAAAGCCUGAAGAACAAAUUCCAAUUGAACAAAAGCCUGAAGAACCACAAGUUAUAGUAACAGAAGGUGCAAUUACAGAACAAGAAACAACAGUAUCCAGUGAAACUACUUCACAUGAUGUUAUUUCAGAAGUAUCAACAGAAUCAAGUACACCUGGAAUUAUUAUAGAGGCAAAACCAACAGAAUCAUCCGAAGAAGAAAUGCCAACAAAGGGUCUUGAUGUAAGCGGUGAACAAAGUUCAGAAGAAACAAGUUCUGAAGUUACUACCCCUAGUGUAGGAGAUAAAGAAAGUACUGAAAAAACAUCAUCGGAAGAAACUGAAAGUCAUGUUACAACUUCUGAAAUGCCAGUUGAAAAACCAUCGUCAGUUGAGCCAAUGACUGAAGAACCACUUGAGGCAAGCACUGAAGAGCAGACAACUGAGGGUCAAAUUUCACAAGAAAUUUCAACAGAAAAAGUAGAAGAAGCAUCUUUAAGUUCAACAGAAAAGCCAAAAGAAACAAUAGCAGAAGUUACUCCAAGUGUUGCCAAGCCUGAAGAAUCAGCAAGUGAAAUUCCACAUGUUGAAGAACCAACAACAAUUGGCCAAGAGCAAGAAAUGUCAACUUUAACUGCUGAUGGAUCAUCAACUUUGUCACCUAGUGGUGAAGAAAUUGUAACAGUGAAAGAAACACCUGAAUUACAAACAGAACAACCUGAAGGCGAUAAAAUAAAACCAACUGAAGAAUCAAUUGCUGAAGUUACAACUAAAUCUUCUGUGUCUGAAGAAAAACCAACAGAGUCUAUUCUUUCAGGUGAAGAAGAAGCACAAGUUACCGAAAAACCAGAGACACCAGAGUUGAUUACACCAGAAGAAAUUAAACCAACAGAAGAAACUAUCACACCUGAAGAGCAAUCAACGUCAGAAAUACCAACUGGCGAUCAUGAAAUAAUUACACAAGAGCCCGAAAAAGAACCAUCACUGCCUGAAGGUGAAAGUCAAUCAACUGAAAUUCCAGCUACAGGUGAAAAAGAUACAACUGAAAGUGAAAUUUUAGAAGAAUCAACAACAAUGACUGCAGGAGAAUCAACUCAAGCAUCAGUUGACAAUGAAACACCAACAGAAUCUAAUGAAGUUCCACAAGUUAAACCUGAAGAAAUUCCACAAGAACCUACUGUUACAGUUAAAGUUGACGAAAAUGAAAAACCAACAGAAUCAAGUGUAGAUGAAGGAGUGACAACAGGACCAUCUGAAAGUCCAGUUACUGAAGAAAAACCAUUAGAAGAAACUGGUGAUAAUAAUAUAACUCCAUUAUCAACUCCAGAAGAAAAACCAACUGAAUCUGAAGUACCAACAACAAUUUCCAGUGAAGAAAAAUCAACAGAAAAACCAAUUAGUGAAUCAACAAGUGAAAUUUCAACUGAAAGUGCAGUGACAAGUGAACAAGCAACAGAAAAUAUUGAACCUCAACCAGAAAAACCAACAGAAAAUAUAACGGAGGCUCCAAUAACUGGCGAGACGUCAACAGGUGAACCAGUGACAGAAACAGAAUUAGAAAUGACGACAGUUGCUAAAUCUGAAGAAAAACCACAGCAGCCAACUGAAGCUACAGUUGUUGGAGAAGAAAUUUCAACUCCAUCAAUAGUUAAAGAAGAAAAACCAGUCGAUACAAAUGAUCAAGAAGCUAUAACCACAACAUCACCAGUUGAAAAUGAAAAACCAGUUGAUACAACUAGUCAAGAAGCUAUGCCCACAAUAUCUCCAAUUGAAGAAGAAAAACCAAUCGAUACAACUGGCCAAGAAAGUAUGACAACAACAUCACCAGUUGAAGAAGAAAAACCAGUUGAUACAACUAGUCAAGAAGCUAUACCAACAACACCAUCAGCCGAAGAAGAAAAACCAGUUGAUACAACUGCUCAAGAAACUUUGCCAACAACAUUACCAGUUGAAGAAGUAAAACCAGUUGAUACAACUAGUCAAGAAGCUAUGCCAACAAAAUCACCAAUAGAAGAAGAAAAACCAGUUGAUACAACGGGUCAAGAAGUUAUGCCGACAACAUCACUACCCGAAGAAGAAAAACCUAUUGAUACAACUAGCCAAGAAGCACUGCCAACAACAUCACCAGUUGAAGAAGGAAAACCUAUUGAUACAACCAACCAAGAAGCUAUGCCAACAACAUCACCAGUCGGAGAAGAAAAACCAGUUGAUACUACUAGUCAAGAAGCUAUGCCAACAACAUCACCAGUUGAAGAAGAAAAACCAGUAGAUACAACUGCUCAAGAAGCUAUGCCAACAACAUCACCAGUUGAAGAAGAAAAACCAGUAGAUACAACUGGCCAAGAAAGUAUGACAACAACAUCACCAGUUGAAGAAGAAAAACCAGUUGAUACAACUGCUCAAGAAACUUUGCCAACAACAUCACCAGUUGAAGAAGAAAAACCAGUUGAUACAACUGCUCAAGAAGCUAUGCCAACAACAUCACCAGUCGAAGAAGAAAAACCAGUUGAUACAACUGCUCAGGAAGCUAUGCCAACAACAUCACCAGUCGAACAAGAAAAACCAGUAGAUACCACUAGUCAAGAAACCAUACCACAAGAGCCUACUGAGGAACAAAAACCUAUUGAACCAACAAAUAUACCAACUGAAUCUGUUAGUGAAGAACAAAAAACUGAAGAGCCAAAUGUAGAACAACAAACAGAAGGAUCUAUUGUUCCAAGUAUUGACGAUAAAACAUCUACAGCUCAACCUGAAGGAUCUACACAAGAAGACGUGGCUUCAGGAAUUCCUGGCGAAGGAAGUUGUCUCGUUGAUGAUAUAACAUACUUAAAUAAUGAAAUUGUUCCUACAACAAAUCUAUGUCAAAAAAGUUGUAAAUGUGUCAGCAGUAUUAUUCAGUGUGAACUUGUGACCUGUUCACCACCUCCAUCUCAUUUAUUGAAUUGUAUGCCUGUUCACAAUAUCAAGGAGUCUUGUUGUCCAAUGUAUUCAUGUGAUGCUUCCCCAACUGUUCCUCUUAUAGUUGAUAAUCAAAUGAUGGAACAACAUACAACUCAAGCAACUAUUGAAGACAAAUCACAGACUGAAUCAGAUUUAAUUACAGAUAAACCAGCGUCAGAAAUUCCACAAGAGUCAUCUACACAAGAAACAAAACCAGAGAUGCCAAUACAAACUACAGAAGAAGGAAGUCAACCAUCUGAAUUACCAAGUGAAACUGAAAAAACAGAAUCUCCUGUUACUAUAACAGAUUCGACAACAGAAGCUGAAACAUUGGUUUCCUCAUCGAUUGCUCCAGAAGACAAACCAAUGACUGCUGAACCAUCUGAAAAACCUGAAGAACAAACAACUGAAGCUGUAAUUAACCGUCUUGGUGAUGAAACUAAACCUGAAGAAAGUUCAACGACAAGUGAGCCUGUAAAAGAAGAUAUUUCAACUGUGGCAACACCUGAAGAAAAACCAACAGAUGAAGGUACAAUUAGUACUGAAGAAAUAACUGAAGGAAGUCCAAUAAUAACAAGUACAAGUCAAGUAGCAGUUGAACCAUCAACAGAAGAGACUCAAACAGCUAAACCCGAGGAAGAAAAACCUGUAGAACAAGAACAACCAACUUCGCCAGCUACUGACAUUAAAGAAACAUCAACUGAUAUUCAUGAAGAAAUUCCAACAACUGAGAAAAAUAUAUCUGAAGAAAUUACUCCUUCUGAAAUUUUACCUACUGAAGCUGUUUUAGUUGAAGAUAAAACACCAGAAAGUGAAACAAAUGCUCCUGAAAAUGAAGAAAAUAUUCCAGAAGUUGAAACAAAAGCACCAGAGACAGAAGUUUCAAGCCCAGAGGCUCCAGUUGAAGUACCUGAAGAACACACAUCGGCACCAAUUGUACCAGAAGCAGAAUCAACUGUUCCAAGUGUCAGUGAAGAGGCAGAAACAAAACCAACUGAUGAAAUUCCAGCAAGUCCUGAAUCAGUGACAAUGGUAUCUGAGCCAAGUGUUGAAGAACACAAAGAAACUGAACAACCAAGUAAACCAGAAGAAGCUGCAACAACUGAACAUCUUGCUGAAGAAACAACUAGUGGCCCAGCUGAAAUAACUCCAACUGAGACAAACGAAUUACCAGGAGGAGAAAUUCCAGAAUCAAAACCAGAAGAUAAAACUGAAAUUACUCCAACUAAGGAAGAAGGUACAAUGGCACCAAUACCAGAAGAGCCAUCAGUUGAUAAAGAUAUAACUACUCAGGCAGUAAUAACUGAGGCAGCUACAUCAUCACCAACUGAUUCAAAUGAAAUUCCAACAACGCCAAUCGUUCCAGAAAUAAUUAAACCUGAAGAACCAGCCAUAUUAUCAACUGAAUCUCCAGAGAUACCAUCAGUAACUGAAGUUAUACUUGAAAAAGAAACAAAUAAACCUGAAAUUGAAAUUACUGAAAAAACAACAAUUGAAAGUGAAAAACCAACUGAUGAACCAAUUGAAACAGCAGUUACUGAAAAACCAACUGACGAACAAAAACCUGAUGAACAAACAAGCUUGCCAAUUUUACCUGUUGAAAGUGAUACAGAAAAAGUUUUGGAGGAACAGACAGAAGGACCAAAAAUAACUCCAACUGAAGGUAGUAUUGCUAGCGUUGAGACUGAACAACCAGCUGAACCAACAGCUGGACCAGAGAGCUCAUCAAUUAUGCCAAGUGAAGAAAUUGAAAUUACCAAAAAACCUGAAGAAGAAACCACUGUAAUAGCUACUGAAGAACAAACAGAAUCAGCAUCAAUUCAACCAGAAAAUAAACCAGAAGAACCAAUUGAAAAUAUUCCUGUUAUUCCAGAAGAAAAACCUGAAAGUGUAACUGUUGCAGUUGAAGAAAAUUCAGAAAAACCUGAAAGUGUUACUGAGGCUGUUACCACUGAUGAAAAACCUGAAAGUGUUACUGACGCUGUUACUACUGAUGAAAAACCAUUAGACGGUGAACAACCAGAAAAUACCCCAAGCUCUAUUGAUGAAAAACCUGAAGAAAAUAUGACAGAAAAACCAGAAGAAGUAACUGAAGGUGUCAAAGUUGAAACAGAGACUCAGGCUAAUGAAGAUAAGCCAACUGAAUCUGAAAUUUCAACAGAAAAAGUUACAGAAACUCCAAUAAUAACUGAAGCACCACAACAACCAUCUGAAGAACUUUCAACAGAGGCUGAAAUUGCUGAAGGAACAACAAGCUUGCCAACUCAAGAUUUACCAACUCAUGUUGAAGAUGAAAAACCAGAAGUAGAAACAGCUAUUCCAGUAACUGAAGAACCAACAGUGUCUGAAGCUCCUGAAUCAACACCAAAGAUAGAAAUUCCAAAUGAAAUAACAGAGAAACCAAUUGAAGGUAUUACUGAUAAACCAAUUAUUGAAGAAAAACCUACAGAAAGUGUUGUUGAAGAGCAAACAGAAGUACCUAUUGAAGAAGAAAAACCAAUUCAAACAUCAGAUGAAAAACCAACAGAAUUACCAAUUGAAAAAGAAACGGAAAUUCCACAAGAAGUAACAGAGCCAAGCAAAGAAAUUACACCAGAAGUGACAGAACAAAGUCAAGAAAUUGUACCAGAAUCAACAGAACCAAGUAAAGAAAUUGUACCAGAAGUAACAGAGUCAAAUACAGAAGCCAUGCCAGAGAUAACAGAGCCAAGUAAAGAAAUUGUACCAGAAGUUACACAGUCAAAUACAGAAGCCAUGCCAGAGGUAACAGAACCAAGUAAAGAAAGUAUACCAGAGGUAACAGAGCCAAAUAAAGAAAUUGUACCAGAGUUGACAGAGUCAAAUACAGAAGCUAUGCAAGAGGUAACAGAGCCAAGUAAAGAAAGUGUACCAGAAGUAACAGAGCCAAGUAAAGAAAGUGUACCAGAAGUAACAGAGCCAAAUAAAGAAAUUGUACCAGAAGUAACAGAGCCAAGCAAAGAAAGUGUACCAGAGGUAACAGAGCCAAGCAAAGAAAUAACACCAGAGGUAACAGUAGCUCCUAAAGAAACAACUACACUUACUCCUCAAGACGAAGUACCAUUAACAAAUGCUCCUGAAUCAACAACGAUAUUUGAAGAGUUACCAUCAUCAUCAUCUACAACUGAAUCAGCAGAGGAAGAAAAACCAACUGAAAUAUCUCCAGUACAACCAGAAGCACCAGUAGAAACACCAGCAGAGACACCAGUACCAGAAAUAAUUGAACAAAUUCAAACUACACCUCAACCAGUUGAAGAAAAACCAUUUAUUCCUGAGGAACAAAAGCCUGUUGAGCCUGAAAUUAUUACAAGCUCAACUGUAAUGCCAGAUAAUAAUGAACCAGUGCCAACAGAAGAAGAACAACACCCAGCACAAGUACCUGAAUUACCAAGUAUUUCAGAUGAACAUGAAGAGCCAGUUAGUCCAAUUGAUCAUGGUAUUACACCAGAAAAUAUAACAGAAACACCAAUAAGUUAUACAACACCAACAACAGAAAAUAUUUCUCAUUCAGCUGAUGAAUAUCCAGAUCAAAAUUCAACAACUGAAGAACAUCCAAACUUCCCAGUUAAUACUGGUUCAUAUAUACCACCAGAUGAAGAUUAUGGUGAAGAUGAUGAUCAAGCUGUUUAUGGAGCAGGAACAUGUAGAUACGGUGGAAAAGUAUAUGUAUCAGCUCAACAAAUACCACGAGAUGAUCCAUGUGAUUUCUGUUUCUGUUUCCGUGGUGAUAUUAUUUGUCUUCAACAAAGUUGUCCACCACCAAUUGCUGGUUGUCAUGAAGAAGCAAUAAGAGGUUUUUGUUGUCCAAGAUAUGAAUGUCAUGUACCAAAGGCAACAUUAGUAAAUGUAACAACAACAACGACAACAACAACAACAACAUUACCACCUCAUUUCCUUUCACAUGCAUACAAAGGAGCAACUAAAAGAAGUGGAUGCCAAAUCAAUGGAAGAUCGUACAGAGUUGGUGAAUAUAUUCAAUCAUCAUCUGGACCAUGUCUUCGUUGCACUUGUGGAGGUGAUGGCAGUAUGAAAUGUGAUCCACUUGUUUGCACACCAGAACCAAUGAUUCAACAAAUAAUUGCCUCAGCAACUGCCAAGAGGAGAAGAUGAGCAAACUCACCAUCUCAACCUCGUUCUUCAUUGAAGAACUUGAUGGAAUUUUAAAUCACAAGAUUAAAAAAAAUUUAACAAAUAAAAAAAAAAACGGAAAACAAAAAAAUACGACAAAAAAAAAUUAAUAAAAAUACAAAGUACGAUGAAGAUUGAUUGUUUGAAAGUGACGUGAAAUUAUACGAAUGAUGUGUUGUGUAUAAAAGUGAAUUUAAACAAGAAAGAAAAUUAAAAAAAAAAAAUAUAAGAAAAAUAAGAAAAUAAAAAAAAAAAAAAAAUGCAAUUAUAAAAUUAAGUAAAAAUAAUUCUCGUCGCGGAACACACAGACAAUUAAUUGUGAUCAGCGAUUAGAUAACGAACUGAGUGGCCAAAAGCGUAAAAGUUUUUACAUUUAUAUAUUAUUAUAAAUAAAUUUAAUAAAACAAAAAAUAUUAUAGCGAUAAAAUGAAAGCAGAUGGGGGGCGCGUUCAUGGUGCCAAAAUAAAAAGAAAAAAAAAUUUUAAUAAAAGCGCGAUUAAUUAAUUCGCAAAAUUUAUUUAAAAAAUAAUAAUAUACGAAGGCGAUUAUAAUAAAAGAACUUAGUAAAAUAAAUUUUUCUAAAAAAUAUGAACUGUGCCUUCGUAAAAAGAGUGUUAAAAUACACUGUCUUCAAAAAUCAAAGGCAUAUCAAACAGCUUCAUUUUAAAUAAUAAAUAAACGUGAUCGCCAAUACCGAAUUUAUUUAAAAAAAUGAAAGAAAAUUUAAAAAAUUAAAAUAAUUAACAACAACGACGACGAGUGGUUAGAAAAUUAAUAUAAAAAAAAAAAUGAUAAUAAGUAGGCUGAGGGCCACGACCUGUGCUAGACUUGAAUGAAAAAAUUCACGACCAAAUGCAUCUUGAAAAUCUUUCAAAUUUAUUAUUAAUAUUAUUAUUCUUUUUCUUAAUUAUAUUGUAAUUUUUUUUUUUUUAUAUAUAUAUACAAUCGAAAGAUUUUUGAAGCUUAAAAUUAGUCGCCUCGCACAAGUCGUGGCCCCAUAGCAUCGUUUGCUAGAUUCACUUUAAAUAGUGUCAAUGUAAACUAAAUAUAAUAAAUAAUUUAAAAAAUGAUGAUAAAUUUGUUUGUAAGAAAUAACAAAAAAAAUGUAUGUGUGAGGAUUGAACGCGCAACUUAAAAAAAAAAAGCUCAAAUUUUCAGCUCGCACGGAGGACCGAUUAAAUUUUUUUUUUUU